AUGAAGGAUUCGGAGGCUCCAAGAAACGGUUUCCUCCCGCAGGGCGAGGGGCUUGAAGACCCUGCACAGGAGCAGAAUCAACAGCAGGAGGAGCCACAGACCCAAGAGCUUCAGCAUGAACCACUGGAUCAAACUGAAACGCAGCAGGUCCCCGAGGAGCUAACGCAGCAGCUUUUGCGCUUGCAGCAACUGCUUAUAUCCGGACGAAGCAACGGUAGUGUGCAGGAGUUGCUGGCGGCAGCUGUUGCUUCCGCCGCUGCUGCACCCCAUAUGGGGGAUCCCACUUGUGGCAGCAGCAGCUACGGCUGCCGCAGCAGCAAUUCCAGUGGUACAGGCAAACAGGGGGAUCGUCUGCCUUCUUUGCCGUUAGGCGAACAUGUGAUCCCGGCAACGGGGGCUCCAAUAAGUGUAGCGGAGGUAACCUCGGAGAGGUCACGUUUUUCCCACGACGGGUGUGGACGUACCCUUGAGUAUCAGCAAGAUCAUAUGAAUCAGAGUCAGAGGCCCGAAGGCUGUACUGAUAGUCGAGGAACCUCGACAGGGUCCCCACGUGAGCCAUCCAGCAUACUGAGGACUCUCCCACUUCUUCUGGAAGGGACCAAUUCCCUAUGGGAUUUCAAUAGCCCACACGAGGGCGGACCGUGGGGUCCCCCUGCUCCGCCAGUGGUGCCUUCUGACUCCCCAUUUAGUGGAGGCCAUAUUGGGCUUCAUCCACUAGAUGGCCCUUCGGGAGUCCCUGCUAGGGGUAUGACUCCUGGAUACCCAUCCUUUAACGGGGAGCCUCCUGUUGCUCCAGGGUAUCGCUUAAGCCCCAUGGUACUUGAGGCCUAUCGAGGUGCAGGGGGCCCAGGGGGCCCCUCCGCAAUAUCAGGGGCUGGGUCCGUAACACCUUAUGAGACCCGGCGUAUAUCUGCGGACGGCGUCUUCCGUGGGGCAGAUGCACUCAGGGGGCCCACUUCUAUGCGGUAUGGCAUCCGCAGCCCGCAGCACACUAGGGGCCCCAUGGGUGUGCCUCUUUCUAAAGCAGCUUCUAUGUUUGUAGACCCCAAGAUGCAGCAGCAGCGUUGGGUCCCAGGUGGUUGUCCCCCGCCUCGGACUGCUCCCCGCGGGAAGCAGCUGUUUUUCUAUUGCCCCUCUUGUCUCGAGGCUUUUCCGUCUUCUGCGCUGUCUCUUUUUGCUGCUCAUAUAUCCCAGAAGGGACACACAGUCCAGCAGCUUCAGAGGCUACGGGGCUCGGACGGGUACUUCCAGUGCCCCAAGUGUACCUGCAAGGGCAGCGACUUACUGGGCCUGCUGCGACACUGGCACGAGGGCGGCGCUGCUCAUCAUGGACAGAAGAUUAUGAAACAUAUAAGGAGUAGGGACAUUCCCCCCGGCUUAUCCGCGUUAGUUCCUCUUCAGCAGCAACACAGCAUUACCACCCAGCAACAGAUACAGCAGCAAAGACUGCUGCUACACCAAUCCGGUAUGGCAGAGGGUAUACGUAGACCCCACGAAAGGGCGCUCAGACCAGGGGCGCCCAGACUCCCGCAUCACCAGCAAAUAAACCCCUCGGUGUAUCUGCAGGGGCCUCCGAGAGACAGGGGCUCCCAGCUCUGCACAAGCCCAACUCCCGGCGCGGUGGAGGGGCACGCUUUUGGGGGAGCUUCACAAGCGGCCGCUGUUGCCGUGGGGGCUUCUAGGGCGAAGGCUAAUGUGGGCACUGAGUUCAGAAGCACAACCGGCAGCCAACGAAGCAGCGCCGUGAGCGACGACAGCGAGGAAGGCACGCUGCAGAAUGAGCAGCAGCAAAAGCAGCUGUCGGGUCCGCGAUCCAUCAUAGGGGCUGGCAACGACGGUUUGGGGGGUAUGUUUGAUACAUUACCCCUCACUAGGGCCCUUCUUGGGGGAGGUGCCUACUCUUCGUACAUCAUGCACGAACUGCAGCUGCAGGGGCAUAUGCCGCUCGGAGAAGGAGGCCCACGGGGCCCGAAUAGGAGUAUUGUUCCCCAAAGAGGAUCUCCCGGCUUAUUGUCUUCGCGAUCGGAUAUUUGGGGGCCUCUUCCCUACCUACCGUCACGGGAGCAGCAACAGUUCCCACAGCAGCAGCAACAGCAGCAUUUGGGGUUUGCUUUUUGUGCUGCGGACGUUCCCUCUCUGAAGCCCAAGCCGAAUUCUGAACUGCAGCAGUUGCUACAG